UUAAAGGAAAAAAUUGUGAGAGUAGAGAAUGGAGCAACAACAUUUAAAAUGAUAAGCUCAAAUAUACAAGACUCAAAAUCUGGAGAAAAUUUUAAAAAAAAAGAUUUUGGUACUUGGUAGUAACUAUUAGGUAGUUUCCAUGAAACUAAACAUUGGUUAUUCCCCAAUUUCAACAUACUGUGAUAGCUGAUGAGUAAUAAUUGAUCCUAGGGGAGAGGCCUUCAAACCACAGAUGUCUCCAUUCCAUUAUACCAUUGAGUAUAUAAAACAGUUGUAAUAUUCCAGGGCCAGUCACUUGCCGUUUCUCCUAACAGCCUCAGAGAGAAAGAACUGACUGAAAAGUUUGAGAUGAAGAAAGUUCUCCUUCUGAUCACAGCCAUCUUAGCAGUGGCUGUUAGUUUCCCAGUCUCUGAAGACCAGGACCGUGAAAAAAGAAGUAUCAGUGACAGCGAUGAAUUAUCUUCAGGGUUUUUAGUGUUCCCUUACCCCUAUUUCCCAUUUCCAUUUCGAAGAUAUCAAAGAUAUCCAUGGCUUAGAUAUAAUCUUCCUAUUCCAGUAAGUGAAUCUCUUCUUACAACUCCCCUUCCUGACGAAAAAUUAAACAAGAAGGAAAAGUCAGAAUAAAAUUGAUGAUGAAAUAUGUGGUCACCUAAAAUUAAAUGUGAGCCACUUCCUUGAAGAAUCAAAAUUCCUAUUAACAAAAGAAAAACAAAUGUAAUUGAAAUAGCACACAGCAUUCUCUAGUCAAUAUCUUUAGUGGUCUUGUUUAAUAAACAUGAAAGCAAAAAUCUUGGUUUCUUAAUUUCUACAAAUUCCAUAAUAAACAAUUUAUUUUCACUCUUCAGCAAUCCCCUGGAGAAGGAAGAGGUAGCAGGUGGUUAUAAAAGUAAACUGUCCUACAGCAUAUGACAAAAGUCAUCCAACAAGAUUCUACUUGCACAAUAAGCCUUUUAGUGGGUCACAGUGACUGCCUUUGUCUCCACAAGUUGGUUAUCAGGAAAUUAGAAAAAUUCUCUUUGAAUAAAGAUUAUGUUUCUCCACC